AUGGCUUCUUCAGCUGCCGUCCAUGCCAACCCUAUUGCGUCUGGCCCAGGAACUCCUCGCUGGACUGCACGAUCCUCAGAUCCUGAGUCGGCAUUCGGUGGCCUUGGCCGUGGCAGAGGAAGAGGUGGUCCCAGAGGUGGUCCCAGAGGUGGACGUUCGGGUGGAAGAGGAGGCGGGCGAGGAGGCAAAUCGACUACAAUAAGCGCAGAGUCGGGCGCGCCCUCUCCUAAAGCAAGUUCGCCGACCACGGAGAAGAGCACAUCGUCCGUGCCUCCGAAGGCAGCGCCUGCAGAUUCCCCGAAGGAUACAAAUCCGUCCACGAACAAGCCUAAGCCAGGUUCUCGAAGGGGAUCGCGUGCCGUCCCUUCUCUUGUCAUUGCCUCGUCUACCGCAGAAAGCCCCACCUCUGGUCGAUCCCCCAACCGACGCAAGCGUGCAUCGACUAACGGCAAGUCUCCAGCUUCAGCAGGCCCGAAAUCUGCCGUAGAUGAUACGCAUCUGCGCCCGGUUUCGAAAGCUCGUCCCAUUCCGCCACCAGCUGCUGCUAAGGAUGCUCCACCUCAUUUGCGACAAGGGACAGACGCGCGGAGUGAUAUCGAUGCACUAGUUGAGAGAGUUAGGGCCGUUGCAAUGGCAGACAAUCGGCCUGCGACGCCGGGCACAGCGAGUCAUAUUGACUGGGCUGGAGAUGACGACGAUACACUACCUGACCUCGAUGAUUGGGGCGUCACGACGACGACGAUAACUCACGCAACUGUAGACAACCCCAACGAAAUAUCUCCUAUAUUCGUGGAUGGCCUAAAGCCACUGCCAGAGCCAGCUACCCCCGUCGUUGUCGCAGACACGCUACAUCCCGAUGCUCGCGUCACGCCCAAGCUACCACAAGGCCGAGUGACAGACGCUAAGCCAGUCCCUGCGCCACGCUCCCCAAUACUAUCCAAAGAAAGUGUCGACCAGGGCUCCCUAGCAGCCUCUGCCACUCCUUCUGUCACGAUCCCCCGCGGAAAGACACCGGUGCAGGAGAAUGGCCGUAUGAAUAGAAAAGCGCGACACCCUCUUCCUCCAAAACCUAUUGCCGUAUCCGAUACUCCUCUUUCUUCGUCGAGGUUUCCUCCUUCUGCAACGCCGAUGCGAGGAAAGUUUGUGAAAGCUUCCCCACCUGAUAAGGCCGCGAAGCUAGUAAGCAGUGUCACGGUGGAACCGACAACACCAAUGUCCGGGUUCGAUGUACCAGCCAUAGUCAAGCUUCCAGAACAGGGACAAGAUCAAUCAACUUUUGUAGAUGAACACGCCUCGCAGCCCGCCAAUACUCCUCCUCCUCCUCCGACCGAUGGGGGAGCUGAAUCGCUGCAGUCGGACGACGCGGCUUCGGGUCUUGCGGCUUCUAUACAUGCGCCCAAGCCAGGUGACACCCUCUCAGCUUCGGUCUAUGCUCCCUCCCCUGGGGAAUCGCGCUCUGCUCCAGGCUCCGCGACCUUCGACUCCUUCAAACCGGCACAUACCCGUGCGCACACAGUGGGACGCCCACCCUUCUACAACGGACCCCAGCGAUUCUCUCGCUCGACUGCUACAUCGCCGCGGGGUAGUGCGUUUGUCCCGCACCAUGCUCGGAAUCACUCCUCGCCGCCUGUAGGUGCUCCUCAUCGCACCCACGUCAACAGGCCAGUGAUCACUGGGGAUGCUCUGUCGCGACUUGUUAGGACGAUCGGCACCACAGUUACACCAGCUGCGAGGUCCCAGCCAGUGGCCGUUGCCACAAAAGAAUAA